GAAAACUGCAGGAACUUUGCGCUGCAAGUUGUCAGGGAUCAGAUCGAGCUCAGUGUGGAAGAAGAGUGGAGAGAGUGCAUGAGAUGACCUGCAGUCACAGCAGUGUAUGCGAGCUCCUCUCUGGCCACAUCUGACGCUCCAGUGAAUGAAGCUCGCAGCGGGUUCUUGGAAAGCAGCCUCUCUGUGAAUUCAGCUCUGAACGAGGCGCCUCUCCGGCGAGUACGUGGAAAUCAGAGCCAAUCUGCCAGUGAAGGAGGGACUUCUCCGUGUCUGCGUGGAGGAUCCGCUCUCAGUGACAGACAUCGGGAAGUGUCCACGGGAAAAUCCGCCUGAUUCCCCGAGCGCUGCGCUCUUGUUCUUGCGUGGAUUCUCUGGUCAAUUUUCGAUCGGCUGAAGAUACCUCUCCAGCGGCCAUGGACAGACCCGUUUGCUGGCUUAUUCUCACCGGAAUGGCACUUCUUUUCAUCCAGCAAGGACUGCCCGUCCGCAGUCAGGGGGACCCGCAGUCGGACAGCAGAGUGAUGGACAACAUCACCGUGCGGCAGGGGGAGUCCGUCCUGCUCAGAUGCCCACAAGGCAAUAUAGUGACCCACACGGCCUGGCUGAACCGCUCAAGUAUUUUGUAUGCCGGGGAAGAUAAAUGGUCUGUUGAUCCGAGAGUGAGUUUAGUUACUCUAAACCAGGAGGAAUUCACCAUCAAGAUUGAAAAUGUGGACAUACCAGACGAAGGCCAGUACAUCUGUGCAGUUCAGACCCGAAGCAGACCCAGAACAGCAUCGGUGCAUAUUAUCGUCCAAGUUCCACCAAAAAUCAUGAACUUAUCAAAGGACAUAGUGGUGAACGAAGGAUCCAAUGUCACCUUGAUGUGUUUGGCCAGUGGAAAGCCAGAGCCUUCCAUUACUUGGAAACUUCUUUCUCCAGGCGUGAACAGUUUUGCUUCAGAGGAUGACUACUUGGAAAUCCCAUCCAUCUCACGACAUAAAGCAGGAACUUAUGAGUGCACAGCAGUGAAUGAGGUGUCAGCUGAUGUUCAAACUGUGGAGAUAGUAGUUAACUACCCCCCAAGUGUAUCAGAAAGCAGGGAUGUUGGUGCCUCCGUGGGCCAGCAAGCAGUCCUUCAUUGUGAGGCAGAGGCCGAGCCCCCAGCAGACUUUGAGUGGUACAAGGAUGACAAGAGGAUCUUCAAUAGCUUUGAUGGCAUUGAGAUUGACAACACUGGCAGACUGUCAAUGCUGACGUUCUUCAAUGUGUCGGAGGUGGAUUACGGCAAUUACACCUGCAUUGCCACCAACAAACUUGGCAGUGCAAACACAAGCACUGUUCUGUAUGAAGUAAUUGAGCCCACUAGCUCAACGCUAUUGCAAGACAAGACAUCUGUUUUAGAAAAGGGAACUUCUUCCGACUAUACAAUAUGGGAAGGACCGGGAGCAGUGCAAGACGGGAACUGUGGCAACAUGGGAGCACAUGCCUCACUCUGCCUUUUGGUCGUCAUUGUUGUUCAACUCUUGCUCAAAUUUUGAUACAAAAUAAAUUUCAGAGGGGGCAGUUCACAGUAUUUUUCUUUUGUAUUAUUUUGGUCUGUCUUUUCUCAGAAAAAAUACAUGGACUGUUGCAAAACGGUUAUUUGAGCCGUCUUGUAUACAGUUCACGAACUUGCAAAAUGAUUUAUGUACUUUUUUCAAUCUUUGAGUUGACGUACAGAAACUGUACUGCCCCCCCCCAACUUCAGUGUCAUACC